AGUUUUUCAUCCAUAACUUUCGGCAGCUGCGUUCGGCAUUUCGUUAAGCGUAAUUUUGGCAGCGCUCUGUUUUGUCAUUACGCGACGCGUGUGCUUAAUUAUUGUCGGUUGUGUGUGCGAGUGUGUGUGUGUGCGUGUGUGCGAGUGCCUUUGCGUGCAGCCACAAGGAAUGUGCAACAAGAACGGUAAAUUUAAUGAAUGCCAACACAGCAGCAAGAAUUCAAUUUAAAUUACUCAAAAGAUUCGUCGCACUGAGAUAGACCUGAAGAUGCACUCAACUGAUGAAACCUCUUAUUAGCUCUGGCUAUGGUCGCAAGCGCUAAAAUGAAUGACAGCUGAGAAAAGUGAAAUCAUAUAAGGAAAAUCAUACAAAAAGAGAUGAGGAAAACUCUUUCCGCUUAACGGCAUAAAGUGGAAGUUAGUGCAAACCGGAAAUGAAUAUGCAAAAACGGUAAAAAGGAUAUGAAAAAUGCAAAUAACCAAAUCGAGAUCAAUGCAGAAUUCACAUUCCAGCUAACCUCAAACGUAUUUACACCAGCCAAAGCUCGUACGAACACGUACAUGAGCCACUGUUCAGUAGACGGCUAAUUGCGUUCGAAAAAAAAAAAAAUUAAUAAAAAAAAAAUUGAAAUUGAAGCAAAGCGCAAAACGGAAUCCAACAAAAGCGAUGUCAAAACUCAUAUGAAAAUAUGCAUUAAAUGCGACCGCAAAAUAGAAAACCAACCGGAAAAAAAGGGAAAAUAAUCAAAGGAAAAAAGGAAAUUGCGCUUGCGGGCAGAGAGCAAGCGGAAGAAAGAGCGGCGAUAUAAAAAAGAGGUGGAAAACAAAAACAAGCGAUUUCAAAUGUAAAAAUUGAUUUCUGCGGUUUUACCAAACGGAUAUUGUGCGCAUAUAUGGCUGCAAAUCGUUGCGGCUAAUAAAGGGAUAACAUAUAUAAAGAACAGCAGCAACAACAACAAAAACGGGUCUAACAACAAAACUCGCUUAUAAAUAAAUAAAUAAUAAACGUUUAAUCUGUUAAUCGCAUUGGCAAGCAAACAUGCAGCCGAAGGGUAUAAAACUCUGUCAGGUUUUCAUCAUUUGCGUGGCCUGCCUAACAGCUCUGCCAGACCAGGCUGUUGGGCUGCGCAAUGUUAACGUUCACAUUCCGUCGGCCGUUAAACGCGGCGAUAAUGCGCUCUUAAUCUGCAAUUAUGACAUCGAGAACGACACGCUCUAUGCGGUUAAAUGGUAUAGAGGCCGCAGGGAGUUCUAUCGCUAUACGCCCAAGGAGAAACCUGCCUGGAAGAUAUUCACGAAAACCAACGAAAUUGAUGUCGUGACCACCCAGUCGAAUGCCAGCCAUGUGCUGUUGCGUAACGUGCCCACCUCAAUAUCUGGUAAAUUUGCCUGCGAAGUAUCCGCCGAUGCGCCCACAUUCGAUACGUCUAUUGUGGCCGCCGAUAUGGAAGUUGUGGAGCUACCCGCCCAGCGGCCCAUCAUAACGGGUAUACAUUCGCGUUAUCGUCUCGGGGAUAUUAUCAAUGGCAAUUGCUCAUCGGAUUACUCGAAGCCUGCGGCCAAUCUGACCUGGUGGAUCAAUGAUAUACAGGUUCCACCAAAUUAUUUGCGCACCUAUGACAUACAAAGACACCUGGCUGAGCACUUGGAAUCCUCCGUUUUAGAGCUGAACUUUGUUGUGACUACGCAUCAUUUCAUCAAGAGUCGCCUUAAGCUCAAGUGCUCUGCUCGCAUUCAUGACAUCUAUGCACAGGAGAGCGAAAAGCUUAUCGAAGAGGAUCGACCACGUAUUUUGGCCUCUGGACGCUCGCCGGAUAUGAAUAUGUAUCCCUUUGAUCAACCAGGCGAUGCGGAUGAGCACAAUGAACUCUACUUGAUACACAAAAAUGCUGCCUCCAGGACCAGUGAACUCGAUUGGCAACAGCAGCUAACUCGAUUUCUGUUAAUGGGUCUAUUGCACUUGGCCUGGUCUGCCGCCCAGCUAAGCAGAACGAGACACCAAAAUAGCUGCAGCAACUCUCAGACACAACUGGAACGGAUUAAGGUGCCACGGUGAUGAGCUGGCCCGGAUCAGUUACAGCUGCGCGGAAAAACGGAGACUUCAAUACAGCUGAGUGGCGUCUGCUCUGCAGCCAAGGCAAACUGGCCAGAAAUAUUAGUUAAA